GUGGGCGCGGUCGACCCGGUCCCCGACCCGGCCCGCGACCCCCGACCUCCCGCGCGCCCCGCACCCGGCCCGUAGGCCGCCCCACCGCGUACCGCGCCCCUCGCUCACUGGCUCCGUCCUCUCUCUCUCUCUCUCUGGUCGGCCGCCGGGCAGGCGGGCGGGCGCCGGAGACCCCGCCGGGGCUGAGGCUUGGCAAGCGGGCAGUGCGGGCCCGGCUGCGGCCUUCUCGCCAUGUCCUCGGCCCGCGACAACAGCGGCCACUUCCCCUUGCACCUCCUGGUUUGGAACAACGACUACCGGCAGCUGGAGAAGGAGCUGCGGGGCCAGAAUGUGGAGGCUCUGGAUCCACGAGGUCGAACCUUAUUGCACCUUGCUGUUUCUUUGGGACAUUUGGAAUCUGCUAGAGUCUUGCUCCGACAUAAAGCAGACGUUACGAAAGAAAAUCGUGAGGGAUGGACAGUUUUACACGAGGCUGUGAGCACCGGUGACCCCGAGAUGGUGUAUACUGUUCUUCAGCAUCGGGACUACCACAACACAUCCAUGGCCCUUGAAGGAGUUCCUGAGUUGCUCCAGAAGAUUCUUGAGGCUCCAGAUUUCUAUGUGCAGAUGAAAUGGGAAUUCACCAGCUGGGUGCCCUUGGUUUCCAGAAUAUGCCCGAACGAUGUGUGUCGCAUUUGGAAAAGUGGUGCCAAGCUGCGUGUGGAUAUCACAUUGCUGGGAUUUGAGAACAUGAGUUGGAUAAGAGGGAGGCGUAGUUUUAUAUUUAAGGGAGAAGACAACCGGGCGGAGCUGAUGGAAGUCAACCAUGAUGACAGAGUGGUCACCACUGAACACUUUGACCUUUCCCAGGAAAUGGAGCGCCUCACUCUGGACUUGAUGAAGCCAAAAGGCAGGGAAGUUGAGAGGCGGCUCACAAGCCCAGUCAUUAACACCAGCCUCGAUACUAAAAAUAUUGCUUUUGAAAGAACUAAAUCCGGAUUCUGGGGCUGGAGGACAGAUAAAGCAGAAGUUGUUAAUGGUUACGAAGCAAAGGUUUACACAGUAAACAAUGUGAGUGUGAUAACCAAAAUCCGGACAGAACAUCUGACUGAGGAAGAGAAAAAGAGAUAUAAAGCGGACAGGAACCCACUGGAAUCUUUGCUGGGAACUGUGGAACACCAGUUUGGUGCUCAAGGGGACCUCACCACGGAAUGCGCCACUGCCAACAACCCCACAGCCAUCACGCCUGAGGAGUACUUUAAUGAAGAGUUUGAUCUGAAGGACCGGGACAUUGGAAGGCCAAAAGAGCUGACAAUUAGAACGCAAAAAUUCAAAGCGACGCUGUGGAUGUGUGAGGACUUUCCGCUCUCUCUUGUGGAACAGGUCAUUCCCAUCAUUGAUCUCAUGGCCCGAACCAGUGCUCAUUUUGCACGGCUGAGAGAUUUCAUCAAACUGGAAUUCCCACCUGGAUUUCCUGUCAAAAUAGAAAUUCCCUUGUUUCAUGUCUUAAAUGCACGGAUUACAUUUGGAAACGUCAAUGGCUGUAGCACUGCUGAAGAAACUGGAUCUCAAAAUGUGGAAGGGACCCAGGCUGAUACAGCUUCCCACGUCACAAACUUUGAGGUGGAUCAGUCUGUAUUUGAAAUUCCAGACUCUUACCACGUUCAAGACAAUGGCAGAAAUGUGCAUUUACAAGAUGAAGAUUAUGAGCUAAUGCAGUUUGCCAUCCAGCAGAGUUUACUGGAGUCCAGCAGGAGCCAGGAACUUUCAGGACCAGCUUCAAAUGGAGGGAUCGGCCAGACACAUGCCUAUGACGCCCAGUAUGAGAGGGCCAUCCAGGAGAGCCUCCUCACCAGCUCAGAAGGCCUGCGCCCUGGGGCUUCGAGCGAGACGAGCCGUUUUGAUAGCGACCUGCAGCUGGCCAUGGAGCUCUCUGCCAAAGAGCUGGAGGAGCGGGAGCUCCGGCUCCGGGAGGAGGAGGAGGAGCUCCAGCAAGUCUUACAGCUGUCUCUCACUGAGAAAUAGACCUUUCUGCUCACAGGCUGCACAAAGCAGAGGUUCUGGGCCGCACGCGAGUGCUGCAUCACUAGUGCCGUGGGGCCGAGGGACUGCACCUCACAUGCAUGCAGCCAACAGCAGCUGCCCUUCCUUCUGCAGAGGUGCCGGACCAGGGACUCCCAGGCCCAUCCAUGACACUCCCCCGGGGAGGGGCUGGGGACCAGCAGGCCCCAUCUCUGGGCUAAGGGGAGGAGAGCAUCGUCACUUUCCAUUAGAUGUAUUGGCUUGCAGGUCACGUUUUUACUACCAGCUUUAGACAAAAACCCCAGUCCCCGCAAGUUUGUAGAUUAAUUUUUAUCAAGGAGUGAUAACAAAACAAGUUAUCGCAGAGUCAGGGUGCUUUUAUAUAUGAGAGCAGCAGCCUUUUUAGAGCGUGGUUUAUGAGAAUUUAUGAGACACUUCUUUACAGUUCACCAAAGAAAUGGAUAGUCUGUGCUGAUCUAUUCUUUUGUUUUUACCUUUAUACAGGGUUUCUAGGACACUCACUGCUCCUCCUCCAUCUCCACCUUAUUCCAUCCCAACCACCCCCGCUAGAGUCAAAGAGGAGACAUGUACAGGAUACGUUUUAGAUUAGGCGUAACUAUUUGCAUCACAUUAGGAUAUAUAAAUGACCACGGAUGUUGCCUUAGCCUUAAAAAUUACCAAUAGUUUCAAACCACCUCACUCCACACUGAGGGGUCUGAUUUGAAUUUAUAAAGGCACUUCCUUUGAGAGCAGGAUCCUCCAGGCUAAAUCCAAGGCAGCUAAUCCUGGCCCCAAAGGAACAGCUAGGAGAGCCUGAGGCUUGUUCUCGGAGGCGGCAGGCUGGCC